CAAAGCGGGGUUGGGGGGCGGGAGGGCGGGCAGCCUCUCUGGACUGGUACUGAGACCUCGUGCUAAGCGAGGGGAGGGAAGGGGAGGAAAAUACUGGCACCCCUUCUGUCCUCCACCAGCUUCAAGGAGGUCCGAGGUGCUGCCCUUCCUUCCCCCCCCACCUCCCCCUUUCCCGCUGGUCCUUUGGCAUCUUCCAGACCAUGUCCACUGGGUCCCUCAGUGAUGUGGAAGAUCUGCAGGAGGUGGAGAUGCUGGAGUGCGAUGGCCUGAAAAUGGAUAACAACAAAGAGUUUGGGGCUUCCAACGAGAGCAACGAAGAGGGAUCCAAUGGCGAGAACGGCUCCCCUCAGAAGGGGAGAGGGGCCUCGGGCAAGAGGAAAAAAGCUCCCCCCAAGAAGAGCCCUUUAAAUGGAGUGAGCCAGGAGGGAAAGCAGGUCCAAAGAAACGCUGCCAACGCCAGGGAGAGGGCAAGGAUGAGGGUCCUUAGCAAAGCCUUCUCCAGGCUUAAGACCACCCUGCCCUGGGUGCCCCCAGACACCAAGCUCUCCAAACUGGACACCUUGAGGUUGGCCUCCAGCUACAUUGCUCACCUGAGGCAGAUCCUGGCCAACGACAAGUACGAGAACGGCUACAUCCACCCGGUCAACCUGGUAAGUGUCGGCCCGCCGGGCCAGGCGCUUUGCGUGCGCGCGCGCACGGGGAGAGCCGGGCGAGGGGCUGACGUGGGCUGCGCGCCGGGACACAAACCUGCGCUGGGCUUCUCGCGAGCGCUGUCGUUUUCGUCGCCAGCUCUCGCAGCGGCAGGGGAAGCGGCCGCGCUGGCGCGGGACAAACGCGGAGCCCGCGCCGCGGGGAACGUUGUUUUCCUUUAUUUUCUGACCGUGGAGCAUUCGGACCGAAGCCCUGCGAGGAGUUUCGGGGGGCCAGAGUCGAAUGAAAAGGAGCGAGGUUAUGACCGCACUGUUUACAAGAUGUCCUCGGUUAUUUAUACUGUUAUUAUUAGCGGAGGGGCUUUAAAUUUCCGCUUCACUUGCUCUUUCGGGCCCGUCCCGCGGUUCCGCUGGAUACCUGGGCACUUUCUGGGGGAAAACGAGAAGCGCCGGGAUCUGUGGCCAGGAAGCGCCGGAUGCAGCGCGCAGAACGAGGAGGCCGGCGCGGGGCCGCGGCUGCGGCCAGGUGCGCGGAGCCGCGAGGUCAGCGCCGCCCUAGACACAACCGCUUCCCUGCCGCUCGUCACCCCCUUUAAACCGCAGCAACGGGCAAUAAACGAGCGGAUUAUCACCCAGCCUCAAAAAAGAGACAAGUUUUCAGAGGAAAUUUCAAUGCUGAAAGGAGAUGCGUGCGUGACAGAAGAGCACAAAGCGGCCCGUGAUUCCCGUGUAUUUCUCCGCACGCAGAGGGCCGGCAUCGCGGCUCCGGAGCGCUGCGGCCGGCGGGCUCCAAGGCCAGCGAAGUUCUGCAUGUGA